AUGAUGUCGGAGAAGCUUCUUCCAGACAACCACAAAAGGGGGUCACUGAUGCGCAAAAUAGAUCCUGCCAAGGCUGGCGAGGUCAUCAACACCGAGGGACUCGACACAGGAUUGCCACGUCUCGGCCAAUUCACUCGCCUCCGUGUUACUAUCAAGGAGAGCACUGAACUGAAGAACACGGUGGAUCGUCUGAUUAAACACGGAAAGUGGGUUCUAUUUGUCGGUACUUCUUCCUGGAAGGAGCAGUUCGUAGACGCAAUCACUGUCAAUGCUGGUGAUGCCGACGAUCUGGAGGCCAUUGCCGAGGGCGAAGUAAAGAUGCCUUCGUGCAUGGACUACGUCAUGCAUUUUCUCACCGUCUUCUGGAAGGUUCUAUUCGCUUUCGUGCCUCCUACAGGUGCGUUGCUCACCUCUUUCUUUAUUCAUAGAACUGUUUUUUUUUGUUACUUCUUUUUCUCUUGCAAAUAA